AUGCCCACCAAUUCUUCUAUUUAUUGCAGAACACAGCAGAAGGUAUAUCUGCCGUACGACCAGUACAGAUUGGAUGUCUGUGCCAUAUGCUACAAGUACAUGCCGUCUUCCGCUUUCAAUUUCAAACUUCAGUACGUAUUAUAUCAGCUUUCUCUGCUAUUUGAUGAGCGUUCAAACACAUCUUACGAGGCAGAUCCGUUCAAUGUCAGCCGAGAGCUGUCAGAAACAUUCGUGGACGACUCUCGGCUGCUCCUAUGGAAAUCAUGUUGCUUGUCUGCUCUCGAGUGCUGCCACCAGAUGGUACAAGAUCCCAUGCCAUCGGCAGACUAUUCGUACUGUCCGAGGACUUGGGACGGCUGGCAAUGUUGGCCGGACACUCCAGCCGGGAUGACCGCCAAACAACCGUGUCAGGAGUACAUCUACUUCGAAAGCACUCCUCCUUCAUGUACGAAAUAUGCUUACAAAGAAUGUUGGCCUAAUGGUACAUGGUACUCAAAAGAGAAUUUUAGAGAAUGGACAAACUACACAAAAUGCGGACGACGAGACGAUCAUCGAAGAUAUUUGAACUUUCACAUUGCCACAUAUAUCAUUUCAAUUAUUUCGUUGAUACCAGCACUUAUUAUAUUUAUGGCCUACAAACAGCUGCAGGUUCAUCGGGUAACAAUGCACAAAAAUCUGUUCUUGUCUCUGCUGCUGAACGCUUUAGCAAUGGUCCUUUUUAAAGGAAUCAUCAUUGAAAAUGAGCUCCAGCGCCCAAACGGCCACAGAAGCAUUUUAAAUGAAAAUGGGUCUGGAUGCAAAAUACUACUGAUUCUUACCAAGUAUUUUCGUAUGACCAACUACAUGUGGAUGUUUUGCGAAGGUUUUUAUUUACAUAAACUGAUUGCAGCAGCAUUCGCCGAACAGAGAAAUCUGAUAGUGUUCUAUAUUAUUGGUUGGGGACUGCCGCUUGUACCUGUGGGAAUAUAUGCUAUUUUGAGGGCAGUAUUAGAGAAUGAAAAGUGUUGGGCUUUGCCUGUGGAAAAAUUUGAAUGGAUUAUGAAUGUACCAAAUUUGUUGAGUUUAUUGAUAAAUCUUUAUUUCCUUUGCCAUAUAAUUGGAGUCCUUGUAACUAAAGUGCGAGCCACACAUUGCAAGGAACCAAACCAAUAUCGCAAAGCAGUGAGAGCCACCUUAGUGCUUGUUCCUUUGUUUGGUCUACACUUCUGUUUAGUAAUCUACAGGCCCCAGACAGGAAAGUGCGGCCUGCUGCAAGCCUACGUAUACUUCAACUACGCCAUGGAUGGAUUACAGGGCUUGAUGGUUGCUGUGAUAUUUUGUUAUCUUAACAAUGAAGUAAUAUACCUAGUGCGCAGAACGUACCAACGGUAUAAAGUUCACCAUCAGUUUCUUGGAGCGUCUUUGAACAGCACCAUUUUGAGACGACUGUCGGCCACACAGGAUUCAACCAUCAACGAGAGUCAGCAUUACCAUUCAUCUCACAAGACUCGAAAAGCAAACCACAGAUCACGAGUGAUUGCCAGACACAUGAAAAGACAUUCCCACGAUGGUAUACUUUCUCCAAACAGCAGAGAAUCAAACCCAGGCGCUCUCAAAACUAAAAAGACUGGCUCCCAUGAAGGAAUUCUUUCCACUGACCGGGACUUCAAUGCCAAAGAAUUGUCCAAUGGAUAUUUUCCAGAGAGUGGUUAUUCCAGCAAGGAUGUGGGUUUGAUGCGUGAAAGAAGUUCUACGAUUGGAUGUAUCGUCCGAAAGCCAAAAAGUAAGACUUCUCAAGCUAAUACAGGCACCGAAGAGGGAUCAAUGGUUAAAAAAGAGAAACAAACCAGCAACGAGGCCAUUGUUGAACACAAAUCCGAAGAUAAUGUUAUAGAAGACAAACACAAUUCCAAUGGUGAGGUUAUUCCAGUCAAGAGCUGUAGUGUGGAGGUUCUCCUAUGAAAGUUUGUUAAUGAGGAAAUUUAACUAGGAAGUACCCAAAAAGCGUCCUUACGGACCCUAAAAUGAGGUCAAAAGAUCUUCAAGGUUUCAAUAUAAAAUACCAAAUAAUCCCUUUGCAUGUUAAAAUUUUUGUGAUACUUUGGUGAAACCACCUGCCAUGGCAGCAAUAAUCAUAUUCCCUUGUUAUAGCCAUAAAUUUAACUGCUGUACCCCUACAAAUAAGGCAUGACUUGACUAUACAUAUAUACUUGAGAAUCGUACUUCAUUUGGCUUUGUCUGCAUUUUUGAAGAGCUUAAAAAGUCUAGGAAGCUCAAGCAAAAGAAGCUCUUAUAUGCUCAAAAGAGAAAGAGUAUAGUUUAGAGCAGAUUAUGCACUUUCUCUAGUAGAUAAAAAGAGCUUUCAUUCAGAAAAUCUGGAGAAUCUAAGUCAACCCUUUACAAUUCUAUGCCUAAUUUUGAGGCAUUUAAGAGUAAAAUUUUAAAGAUGGAUUUAUUCUUCAAAUGAAUGGAAUGCCUUUUGAAAGGAGGAGGCAGAUUCAAAAUUUGUUUGGUUGCUGGUAGUUUACAUCUCCAUGCAAGUGAAAUCUCAAUGUGACCAUGUAUGAGGAGACUAAUGAUGUGAAAGGAAUAACAAUGGAGUAAGUGGAUGCUUUUCAAUGUACAGGUUUUAAAUGAAACCUAUUCGUCCAAAGAUAUAAUAGCAGGAUGAGUAGAUGCUAAGGCAAUGAAAAUAUUUUGUUUUAAGAUGUACAGUAUUGCAUAAACCUGAGCAUGACCAAAUGAGCUCUCUACCUUCACUUCAAAACAUCAUUGGGGCGCUUGAUUCUUAAAACUGAUUUUUAUGGCGUCAAAAAAAAAAAAAAAAAAAACUACACAGUUAGGGAUGUACAUAGUUUAAGGAAGAAAAUUCAUAUUUUCAGAUUUAAACAAAAUGCAGAAGUCUAUCAUUUUUGAGCUAGUUGCUGCUUUCAAGUUUUGAAUAAAAAGUUGGUUAUUAAUACUGGCAGCAUGUCUGUUAAUAAACACAUUUUAAAACAGAAACUUGAGACAACUUCUGCUUAGCAAACUUUUUUCUAACUGCUUUUACAUACCUGGGUGUUGUUCACUGAAAAGGUCACCAAAUUCGAAAAACGUUUCUAAAAAAAUGAACCAAACUGUCUUUGAACUAAUCAGAAAGACCAACGGAGACAAUACUACUUUCAGUUUCAAAGCUUUAACACUGAAUGAGGAGUCAAAUGAAAUGUUCUUCCAUGUGCCAUUGUUAAAAGGACAAAGAAGAAGAAGAGUUUUUUUUACCGACACUAAAAGCAAUGAAAGAAGAAAAUGCUAAUAGUUCAAAAAACAUAUUUAAUUACUUUUUUUUUAGUUUAAUACAAUUUUGAAAUAAAUCUUACAUAAUCAUCCAAUCUUUAAAAAAAAAAUGAAAAACUCAGUCUGAUAUACUACAUUAAAAUAAUUAUAGAAUUUCAAGGCAUUUUAAAUAUACUAAAAGUAUAUACAGGGUGUCGUGAAAAAGACUGACUGUUUUCAAAAAUUUAUAACAGGAAAACAGUAAAUGAUAAAAAAAUAAUUCUUGCAAAAAAUUCAUGUGGUGGGCCAUAAAUUUUUGGCCCUAGUUUCAACUUUUAGUUGAAAAUUCUUCCAAUAGAUGGCGCUGCAGAUAGUGGGCCCGUAAAUAAAAAAAGAUAGAAAGUUACAUCAUAAUUUUUCGAAAGUAAUGGAAAAAAAAGAACAAAACAAGUUUCAAACAAUCAUCAGCUGUAAUCCCACGUCGCAAUCUGAGGAAAAAUCGGUGAAUUUCAAUUCUUUUUUGACUUACUGGCUUACUAUGUGCAGCACCAUAUAUUGAAAAAUUUUUGAACUAAAAUUUGGAACUGUAGGGGGAAACAUUUAGCGCCCACCACAUGAAUUUUCUGCAAGAAUUUAUUUUUUAUCAUUAACCGUUCUCCUGUCAUAAAUUUUUGAAAACAGUCAGCCUUUUUUAGGACACCCUGUAUUAUUUGUUGCAAUAAUAUAUAUACACAUUCACAAAUUUGUACAAAGUGCAAAAAAAAAGGAGUUGUAAAAUCUGUACCUCAGAGCCAGACUGACGUAAGUCUAAAAAUUGCGAUUUUCCGUAUAUUAGUGCAUUUAUUAAAAGCCUAUUCCACAUUAAGCCAUCUGAACGUAAUUUUCUUAAAAAAUCCUUUUCAAUUUUUUUAUCAGGAAUAAAAGAGCAGAUGUAAGCCUUUUUGCAAGCACCAGAAAAAAAGUUUUCCCCUCUCCUGAAAAAUUAUCAUAAUGUGACUAACGUCCUUCUGGCUCUGAGGUACAGAAAUAGUUUCAUCACCUUUUCGUAAACUAAAUGCAAUACUAAUAAAACAAGUGCACUCUAAUAAAUAUAUACAUUGCUAUUUGUACUUUGUUUUAAUUUUAACAGAUUCAAAAUGUUCAAAUAAAUGAGAGCUGAACACUUAAAAAUACGGGAUAACCUCGAUUUAACGACUGUCAGGGGACUGGAAAAAAUUAUCGUUAAAUCAAGGAUAUCAAUAGAUCUUGGAGCAUAUAUAUUCAAUGUAGUUUAAUCUGGACCAGUGAAAUGUAUCAUUAAAUUGAGGAAAUCGUUAAAUCAGGUAUCGUUAAUCGAAGUUAUACUGCAAUAUUUAUGUGUGGAUCAUUCUCAUGAAAAUGGUCAUUUUGAGCUCUAGAAAUUCAGAAAAAUUAAAGUGAAUAAAAACCUUUGAAACCAAGGGCGCCCAUACGGGGGCUUAAGCCCUCCCCCCUUAGAGAUUAGAACUUUUUUGCUUUUAAUACUUUUUUCUUUGCAAAAAUGUAAAAACAUUUCUCCAACAGCCAUUAAUUAAUAAGUUAUUACAGAUAUCAAAUUUUAAUAACUCUAAUAUGUACUGAAAUUGGUUUCCAUGGGGAGAAGAUCCUGCUAAACUAUCGGGAAAAGAUCUGAGCCCCCCCCCCCCCUUAAAAUUUUGCAUAUGGGCAACCAUGUUCAAAACAUUUUAUAUCGAUAAAUGCUGUA